GCCUCCGACGGGCACACGGCUCGUACGCUACUUCAAUCGCUCCAAAUCGCGAUCGUAUCUUGGUGCUCUCACAGUGACUCAGUGCGUGUUUCCGAUUCGUAACACUCGCAUGACGGAAUACAUGUUAAGGAGAUGAACGGCACCACGACCACGGUGAAUGGUGGCGCUGUCAAUGGUACUAAUGGAACCCUAAAUGGGAUUGGAGCCGCUCCGCGGACUGCCACUCUUGGCACCCCGAGUAGCUACGCGUACACGUCAAGUGGAUCGCUUCUAGGGAGAGGUGGCUCUGCAAGACCUGUGCCGCCUCCAACUCUUCCUAAGUACAGUGGGUCCUUCAGUGCCGGUAGCACGGGCAGCCUACGGGAGAGGGAUAGAGAAGGCACAGGUGGAUCUCACCGCUUGGCUAGCCUGGAACGAUUGGCCCUGAGGCAGCGUAUAAUAGAACAAAAUGCGAACAAUCAGGUGACGGCCGGCUUAUCUCUCAACAAUAAUGCACCGAACGGGCCUACCUCAGCUACCGUCACCCUCACCGAUACAGCUACGUUACAAAGUAAACGCGAGCUGUUUUUCAAGUCGGACACAGUGAGCGGCGCGACGGGCCCGCCGAGCUCGGCGCCGCCGGCGCCGCCGCUCGCGCCUUCCGCGCUCAAAGACUCACUCGCCAAGCGUUCGGCCACGCUGCCCGAUAACCACGAGAACCACCACGAGGCAAACGGCGCCCCGCCGUCCGCCAAACUGAGCAACAGCGUGUCUAUAGACUCUGCGAAGUCAAAUGUGCCUCCAUCUGCACCGCCUCCUGUACCCACCACGGCGCCGCCGACCGGCCCUGCGCCACUCAGGAGUACAGAGAACAUAAUCAAGAAAACUGACCACCCUCCGGUUGCGCCAAAACCAGACUUACCUAAAUUAGAAAAACCAAAAACCAAAGAACUAGAUGGAUAUGUUGGAUUUGCAAAUCUACCAAAUCAGGUGUACAGAAAAGCAGUUAAAAAAGGGUUUGAGUUCACAUUGAUGGUUGUAGGUGAGACGGGGCUCGGGAAGUCGACACUGAUCAACUCGUUGUUCUUAACCGAUGUGUACGACAAGGACAAGCAUCCGGGGCCGUCGCUGCGCGUCAAGAAGACCGUGGGCGUAGAGACUAGCGUCGUCAUCCUCAAGGAGAAUGGAGUCAACCUCACGCUCACUAUCGUAGACACGCCAGGCUUCGGAGACGCCGUCGACAACAGCAAUUGCUGGCAACCGAUUAUCGACUUCGUAGAAUCGAAAUACGAAGAAUUCUUAAACGCGGAGUCCCGAGUCACACGAAAGGCGGCGCCAGCCGACACGCGCGUCCACUGCUGUCUGUACUUCAUCGCGCCUAGUGGCCAUGGACUAAAACCUCUGGAUGUGGAGUUCAUGCAGAGGCUGGGGGAUAAGGUCAACAUCAUACCGGUCAUCGCGAAAGCUGACACUAUGACGCCUGAGGAAUGCAAAGACUUUAAAGAACAGAUAAUGAAAGAGAUAGGUCAGCACAAGAUCAAGAUCUACUCGUUCCCCGAGAGCACGGGCGAGGAGGGGGAGGGCGCGGAGGCGACGCGGCUGCGCGCGCGCGUGCCGUUCGCCGUGGUGGGCGCCAACACCGUCAUCGAGCAGGACGGCAAGCGCGUGCGCGGCCGCAAGUACCCCUGGGGCGUGGCCGAGGUGGAGAACCUGGAGCACUGCGACUUCCUGGCGCUGCGCAACAUGGUGAUCCGGACGCACCUGCAGGACCUGAAGGACGUGACGAGCUCCGUGCACUACGAGAACUACCGCUGCCGCAAGCUGGCCGGCCUCAGCCACGACGGCAAGCCGCACAGGAUCAACUCGAAUAAGAACCCUUUGGCACAAAUGGAAGAAGAAAAAAGGGAACACGAUCUUAAAAUGAAGAAAAUGGAGAGUGAAAUGGAACAGGUGUUCGAGAUGAAGGUGCGCGAGAAACGCGCCAAGCUGAAGGAGUCCGAGGCCGAACUGGCUCGCCGCCACGAGGCCACGCGCCGCGCGCUCGAGGCUCAGGCGCGCGAGCUGGAGGACCGCCAGCGCGCGCUGCAGGCGGAGCGCGCCGCGUGGGAGCGUGACACCGGCCUCUCGCUCGACGACCUGCGCCGGCGCUCCCUCGAGGCCAACAGCAAAGAGACCGUUGACGGUAAAGACAAGAAGGACAAGAAAAAGAAAGGUUUGUUUUAAGUCUGCGCUGUCGUGUCUCACCCACCGUAUGUCGUCACUAACGCGUGCGACACUAACCCGACGAGUGCAGUGCGACAACAGGUCUCGUUCCUUAUAUUCUGCCGCGCUAAAACCCAGUAUUCACUACACUAUAGCGUAUAAAGUCGUGCACAUAUUACUUCAGUGCCUGGAAAAAUCGGCAGUUUUUUCCCUGAACAAGUUCGUGGGCUAAUCACCUUAAAGAAACAAAAGAGUAAUAAGACAGACCCACGAAGUGGAGUAAUAUAUCUUAGGGGUGGUUUUGACAGCUAAAAUGGAUGGCGUUGCAUAUUUAAUAUUAAUAUUACUAUCUAGAUCAUAACCAGCCAAGAUUUUUUAUGAGGGCCACUAAGUUAGCUUAAUGGUGCCGUUCAGAUGGCAAGGUCAUGUGUCUACACAAGCCCCAAUCUAAGACUGGCGGGCCUUCGUUUUUACGCCAAGUGCUACGUCAAUGUUCUUCCCACAAAUUGUCACUGCCAAGUCUGAACAAACUACGUAGGCAGACUAGUGCAAUUUAGUGCUGUUUAGAUCAGCUGUUAAAUCCAUUCCUAUUAUAUAUCGUACCACUUGGUGCUUGGUACUAUUCCUCUUGCUUGUGCUAGCUAUAAAUACGGGCUACGGGCUAGCGUGUGAAUGCUGGGUUGUAAAGAUAUCUGCAAAAUGUAUAAUACAUGUAAUAAGCAACUUUCUUGUGUGCCCUGUUUUAUAAAACAAGGUACACAAUUUAUAGGUUAUAUUGCGGAUAUUGUUAGCAUGGCGGCAUUCUCGUUUUCACAUUGCGGUCGUCACUUAACACACCAAACAGUCUAGCCUUAGAUCUCAAUACAUACUUGUGUUUCUUCUAAAAUUUCGAUCAUUCUACGUAUCGUUUGUACCUACACUGCUCCAAGACAGAACCUAUUUACAGAAACUAUUAGUUUUUAAGGCAGUCGAAAUUGAACAAGAAACGUAAGUUUCGAAUAACCUGUAUGUAUAAAUUGUCAUUUGUAUUAAUUCUGGGAUAUUGUGCCAUUUUCAGCGUUGUGACGGGUGUUGCUAAUAACUAUGCUAGACUUCAGCAAAUUGCACGUUUAUAUUGUGAUUGUUUAUGGAUUCAUAGUGUAUAUUGCUUUGUGUCUUGUUGAACGAGUAAGAUGUCUUCGCAUCGUUUCUUAACUUUUCAUAAUUUACAAUAACGUAUCUUUGUAAUUAAAUCUUUACAAGUCGAUUAUUUAACGCCUGAUGUAUUCGUUGUAAAUAUCGGUAAGUAGACUUAAUUUCAUGUUUAGUUUUCUAUUUAAUAUUUCUAUUUAUCAAAAUUAUUAAUACGCAUAUUAUAUUGGCAUAUUUACAUUUCAGAUUGGUCUUUUAAGAGUGUCACAUCCGGAAUAGCUAUUUAAUAUUGGUGUCAACCCAAACACGCGGCACCACAUGUAUUUACGUGUAAGAAGUAGCUCUAUGAUUGUAGCAUAAUUGAACAACGAUUUAUUAAGACUAUCCGCUGGGUGUAACCAUUAUGUACCACUUUACAAGCCGGUACAGGUUUCUAUAUGAGAUUACGUUUUGUAUGUAUUUUAUAUAAGUUUUUUUCCAUGACAAAGCAUUUAUAUGAUAAGUGAGGCCUAAUUUUGUACGACUUGUGUUUCAAAAGAAUUUUGUAGUAUGGAUUUUACAAGGUGGUUUAAUAUUUUGGAUCCAUUUUUUAAAUUACUGUAUCAUCGACGAAAGUAAGCACAAACAAUACUUCGACACUUUAUGAUUCGACAUUAACGUCCACGAAGAUGCCAAAUAGCUUGUAAUGGUCUGCGUAAGACCUUGGUCUAUACCAUAUUGUAUUUUAACAAGUAUUUUACGAGAGCUGUAUCAUAAUUAUCAACUACAAAUAUAAACAUCGACUUGACUUUUCAGCUCAAAAACUGUGUGACAUUAAACUCUAGGCACUAAAAUCUUUACUGAUAAAUAUAGCAUAAUAAAAUUUACAAAUGCUAGUUGUGAGGAGUUUUAUUUUCUGUUAUAUUUGUAAGUAGAGAUGAUACGUACUGUAGACGUACGAACAAUAUAAAUUAGGACACCAUUCUAAAUCUUAAUGAUAAAUUAGGUAAAAAAUAAUUUUUACUUCGUUUUCAAUAAAUAAUUACUUAAUACGAUUUUGGCUUAUUGGAGUGAGAAAGCGCGCUCGAGCGUUCUCGGCUUAGUGAUACGGAUCAUGCUCAUAGCUCAGUUGUGACAUAGACUCAAUAGCUCUAGCUAGGUGUUAGCGUUUCAAAUAUUUGUAAUGGAAUGGAGUGAGGUUUGUUCACCAUUAAUAUUAUUAUAUUUGAUUACCGCGGACAAAAUACACGUUGUAUUUUUAAUCACCACUCAUAUCGUUAAAAUACGAGUAUAUAAGUUAAUAAAAUAUUUAGAUAAGACAUUACGACACCUCGUUCUACUUUGUUGAACUAAUUCAAUAUACUUGUAGAGUUUCUAUUUAUUGUGAUUAUAUUCUUUAAUGUAUUGCAUACUCGCAUUUAUUUAUGUAAAUAUUUUUGUUUUGUAGUCACGAUUACACAUGGGACAUAAAGUAUAUAUUAUCAAGUUAUUCAAUAGAACUGGUGACUGCAAGUAUUAUUAUGAAAUGGGUCCAUUUUUGAGCGUUUGUUCCGAAUUAUCUUUAUGAACACAUUAUUUUAGAAGAGGCAGUAGAUUUUGAUAGUGUUUCCGGUUGUCUCAAACAGGAUCUCUUUCAAAUAACCGGAAAUAUCCUAAUAAACCUACAGCAUUUUUCAAUGAAUGUGUCUACGAAAGUGAGGCGGUUUAAACGCUGAAAAAGGUUUCUGUUAUGCAUAAUCGUUGAUCAGUAAUGCCAUGGUUUAAUUAUAUUUAAUUCCUAUAACGCAGUAUUGACUUCCACAUUAAGUAAGGAGUUUAGUGGUAAGAUUAUGCUUAGUUUUGUAUUUUGUGUAGGGUCGCGGCCCACUUUACCAUACUGAUCAUUGGCUUAGUCAUAGCGAGGAUAUGUGAUGUAUGCGGGGACGAAGUUCAGCCGGUGUAAUAUAUUGUACCUUUGAAUAAAAUAUAAAUAAAUACGUAAUAUAUAGG